AUGGUUUGCAAGGCGAGCAAGCUUCCGCUGAAGUACUCGAAAUUCAUCGAUUCGAUGGCAUCGAGGGGCCUGAACAUAUCAGAAGUCUCCUGCAUCCCGAUGACCGCGGGAUGGUACGGAGAAACCGUUACCACCCGGAUACUAAGAGUCAACUGCUUCUACCGAGGAGGAUCGGUCAACGUCUUCGCCAGGCCGAUCGAAGGGAUCAACCUCCUCGUCGACGUCGACACGAUGAGGAUCACAAGCUACUCCGACAGGUUCAGAGCUCCCCUGCCCAAAUCCGAAGGGACCGACUUCCGAUCGAAGAAAUCCGCCGAAAACUCCAUCAUCACGUACAACAUCUCCGGUCCCGGGUUCAAAAUCGACGGCCACAACGUUCGAUGGGCGAAUUGGGAGUUUCACCUGUCGUUCGAUGCGCGAGCCGGCGUCACGAUAUCGACGGCUUCGGUGCUCGAUCCGGCGACCAAGAAUUUUCGGAUGGUUUUAUACAGAGGCCACGUAUCCGAGACAUUUGUGCCGUACAUGGACCCGACUACAGAGUGGUACUACAGGACAUUCAUGGACAUCGGGGAGUUCGGGUUCGGCCGAAGCGCCGACACGCUUCAGCCGGCGAUCGAUUGCCCUGCCAGUGCUGUGUUUCUUGAUGGGUAUGUCGCCGGAGGAGACGGGAAGGCGCAGAAAAUGGCCAAUGUGAUCUGCGUUUUCGAGCGGUAUGGUGGUGAUGUGGGGAUGAGACAUACCGAGAUCAAUGUCCCUGGCAGAGUGAUUUUGAAGCCGAUUGUGAAGCAGAUUAGAAGCGGGGAGCCGGAGAUUAGCCUGGUUGUCAGAAUGGUGGCCACAGUUGGAAACUAUGAUUAUAUUCUUGACUGGGAGUUCAAGCAAAGCGGCUCCAUCAAAGUUGGGGUGGACCUGACAGGAAUCCUGGAGAUGAAGGCAACAGAGCAGAUCUAUAGCGACGGGAAAACGGGAAACACGUACGGAACUCUAGUGACGGAAAAUGCCGUCGCUGUUAAUCACGACCAUUUCCUGACUUACUAUCUGGACCUGGACGUGGACGGUAACAGAAACUCGUUCGUGAAAGCCAAGCUACAAACGGCAAGAGUCCCUCCGUCAGCUAACCCGCCGUCUCCGAGAAGAAGUUACUGGACGGUCGUUAAGGAAACGGCGAAAACCGAAUCCCAAGGGAGAGUUCGGGUUGGAGCGGAGCCGGCUGAGUUGUUGGUUGUGAACCCGAAUAAGCGAACCAGGCUGGGAAACCAAAUUGGGUAUCGGUUGAUUACCGGUCAGCCGGUUAGCUCUCUGUUGAGCGAUUAUGAUUACCCGCAGAUUCGCGCUGGGUACACGAAGUAUCAGGUUUGGGUAACCGCUUAUAACCAAUCCGAGAGAUGGGCGGGUGGGUUUUACGCGGAUCGGAGCCGAGGGGAAGACGGGUUAUCGAUUUGGGCCCAGAAGAAUCGGGCGAUUGAGAACAGGGAUAUAGUGGUUUGGUACACGGUUGGGUUACAUCACAACCCGUGCCAGGAAGAUUUCCCGAUCAUGUCGACGAUUCAUGACGGGUUUGAACUCCGACCCGCUAAUUUCUUUGAACGAAACCCGAUGGUCAACAAAGAUUAAGGACUGGUUUAAGUGACUCUGUAGAAUUGAUUGCUUGCACAAAUUUGUUACUAUCUUUGACUGCAACGAACAGAUCCAUUGACAC